AUGUCCGACGCCUACACGUCUCACUCGAGCGGCAAGCUCAAGCUCAAAGGCGUCAAGGACUCGAAAGUCGCCAAGAAGAAGAAGUCUUCCUCUUCGUCGUCUUCCAAACCCAAAGCAGCAGCAGCAGCAGCAGCAGCAGAGCCAGCAGAUCCAGCAACAGAUCCAGCACUUACCGACUCAUCCGUUAUGCUCAAGACCCUCACGGACGAAGACGCGCUGAUCGCCAAGGACGACGCUGCCGCCCGGACGUCUACUGAAGGUGGAGGCCGUACGGAAUUGGCAGGCAGGAAGCGAGCAUCAGCAGAGGAGGGCGGCGAGGCGGAUGGCGAAGGCGAAGGAGAGGUGCGCAAGACAGAGGCGGAGAAGCGAUGGGACGAGCAGCGAAGGAGGAGGCUGGAGGAGCGGCUGCGGCGCGAGGGCGUCAAAAGCCACAAGGAGAGGGUGCAGGAGUUGAACCGCUACUUGAGUGGGUUGAGCGAGCAUCAUGACAUGCCAAAGAUUGGGCCGGGGUAA